UAUAAACACCAUCUCCACAGGUAUUCCACAAAAUUCACCUUCUUCAGCUCUCUUAUUAAUUUGUCAUCUUUCAGAUCUCCAAUUUGUUUCUCUUCAACAUGAGGUUCAAAUCCCCCCUGCAAUUGCUCAUCAUCCUUCUGGUUUUUUCAUUUGUUCUCUCUUCUGCUGCUCUCCAAACAACAAGAAGGCUUUUGCCAAACAAAGAAAAAACCCCUACCCAAAUUACAUCAGAUAAGUUUCAGGGUGUUGAGGAAUUGAAAAAUGGAGAAGAAAUGUUUGAUAUGGCAGAAGAGUUCAUGGUAGAGAGAAGGAUUGAUUUGGAGAGUAAUGAUUAUCCAGGGACAGGAGCAAACAACCGGCAUGAUCCAAAGACACCAGGAGGACCUUGAGAAAUUAAUGCAUAAACUUUUGUACAGAUUAUGAGAACUAAGAGAAUUAUCAAUGGCACUAAACUUGGUAUUGGAUUUGCAUAUUGUUGAUUCUUGCUGCUAGAAUUAAUAUUCCUUCAUCCAAUAUUUUGUACUGGAUGAAUGUGUUUGUCUGUGGUGGUGUUGCUGAGCUAUUUAAUUUGAUUUAGAUAUGUGGAGGUGAAACUCUACUGCUUGGUUAAAUAUGUAGACUUUAGAGCUCAAGCAUAUUUUAACAGAAAUUUCAAUAUAUUUUUUCUAAAGCAAGUUGUUUAGAUGAUAAAAUUAUGAGAUUAGAAGUAUGCUGCUUUGAUUUAUAUCAA